UAAGGAAUUAAUCCCUGUUAUUGCCUAGAAACGAUGCAUUGCUCCCUUAUGCCGCGUACGGAUCGGAAUUUAGAAGUACAAUUGUAACUAUUCUAGAUUCCGAUAUCACCAGAUACCACCAACAUCGUACCUCGCUCUCUGUGUUGUUUGAUUAUUGGAAGGAAAGGAGGCGAAUACGCCCAUUAUAGUUUGCGGAUGGCGGAUCACGAGCAAGGCUAAAUAUCCGUAGCCACCAGCGCAUUUCAAAGCCGAAAAGUACCAGUGAACUGUCCAACAUAAAUACUGGAGUCUGCGGAAAGAAGUCUUACGAUCGGGAAUCGACAAAGAAUCCCACCAAUUUGCAGUCGCGCACCGUUUAUUGUUUCAAUUAGUUUCCCGGAUCAAAAGAGCAGAUAAUUCAUCUUAGAAGGUCGGCGGGAAGACAGGAAGACCGCAACGAUGGCUUCAUCCGCUGGAAGCUUUCUGGGCCGCGGGAGCUCCAGCAAUAACUCGAAUAUGCGGGGUCUCGUACAAUUCAUCGCGGAUCUUAGGAAUGCAAGAGCCAGAGAGCUUGAAGAAAAAAGAAUCAAUAAGGAACUGGCAAAUAUAAGGUCGGUCAUCAAUCCUCUGCAGGUCCCAGGGUUUCUUAUGCAAGGCUGACUUUUGUUCCUCAAUCAAGGCAAAAAUUCAAAGGUCCGAAAUCUUGCGUGGAAUAAAGGGGCGUAGCUAAUUGUGACGAAUAGAUGGAAAUCUCAGUGGCUACCAUAAGAAGAAAUAUGUUUGCAAGGUAAUUUGUUCCACCGCCUCUCGUGCAAUUCACCCCUAAUGAGAAUUUCUUUAGCUCUUAUACAUAUACAUCCUUGGGUGGAAUGUCGACUUUGGCCAUCUCGAAGCAGUUAAUCUUAUAUCUGCGAAUAAAUACUCGGAAAAGCAGAUCGGUUACCUGGCGAUGACCCUGUUCCUUCAUGAAGGACACGAAUUGAUACAUUUGGUUGUGAACAGCAUCAGGAAAGACUUGACGGAUCACAAUGAAUUAUUUAACUGCUUGGCAUUGCAUGCCAUUGCCAAUGUGGGUGGAAGAGAAAUGGGAGAGGCGUUGAGCGGGGAGGUUCAUAGGCUCUUAAUAUCACCGUGAGAAAGCUCAUGUCAUGUUCCGUUCUGUGUAACCUCUAAUACUAUAGCAGGACAUCCAAACCGUUUGUCAAAAAGAAGGCAGCGUUGACUCUUCUACGGCUCUAUCGAAAACACCCCGACAUAGUGCAAUCGCAAUGGGCGGAACGAAUUAUAUCCUUAAUGGACGAUGUUGACAUUGGUGUUGCUCUCUCAGUCACCUCGCUUGUUAUGGCUCUUGCUCAAGAUAAUCCUGAGCAAUACAAAGGAUGUUAUGUUAAAGCUGCCGCAAGAAUUAAGAGAAUAGUCGUGGAUGAAGAAUUUAGCCAAGACUACCUUUAUUACAAAGUGCCGUGCCCAUGGCUACAGAUGAAACUUUUAAGAUUGUUACAAUAUUAUCCCGCAUCAGGUAUGUUCUACUAUUGCAGUAGUGUCUUUUGCUAACAAUGCCUAGAGGACAUACAUGUGAGAGACUUGAUCCGAAAAUCCAUACAAAGAAUUUUAGAUGACGCGUCCGAUAUGCCUAAGAAUGUUCAGCAAAACAACGCACAAAAUGCGGUUUUGUUUGAGGCCAUCAAUCUUGUUAUUCACCUCGACACCGAAGUGGAUCUGAUGAGACAGAUCUCAACAAGACUCGGAAAAUUCAUCCAAUCACGGGAAACAAAUGUUCGAUAUCUUGGCUUGGAAGCCAUGACACAUUUGGCUGCAAGGGCUGAUGUCUUGGAUCCAAUUAAGCAGCACCAAGCGAUUAUUAUUGGAUCCUUAAAAGAUAGAGAUAUUAGUGUGCGGAGGAAAGGUCUAGAUUUACUAUACAGUAUGUGUGAUCAAACCAACGCACAACCCAUUGUUGGCGAGCUCUUGCAAUAUCUUCAAAAUGCAGAUUUUGCUAUACGAGAAGAAAUGGUCUUGAAAAUUGCCAUUUUGACCGAGAAAUAUGCUACUGAUAUUCAGUGGUAUGUUGACAUAUCAUUGCGACUUAUUGCAAUGGCCGGAGAUCAUGUUAGUGACGAAGUUUGGCACCGAGUCAUUCAAAUCGUCACAAAUAACGAAGAGCUCCAAGUAUAUGCAGCGCAGAAUAUUUUACAGUAUGUAAAAGCAGAUCACUGUCACGAGACACUUGUGAAAAUUGGAGGAUACAUACUUGGCGAAUUCGGCCACUUGAUUGCAGAGGAUAAAGGUUGUAGCCCAAUCGAGCAGUACCUCGCAUUACAGGGCAAACUGCAGGGUUGCUCAUCCAGUACAAGAGCAAUCAUCCUAUCAUCUUUUAUCAAAUUUGUCAAUCUUUUCCCAGAGAUUAAACCUAGACUUAUGUAUGUGUUCCAAGCAUACAGUCAUACCUUGGAUUCCGAACUUCAGCAAAGAGCUUGCGAAUAUUUGGCGUUAGCAAGCCUACCGACUGAUGAUCUACUUCGAACGGUCUGUGAUGAAAUGCCACCCUUCCCAGAACGUCAGUCAGCAUUACUUUCGCGGCUACAUCAAAAGCAUGCUGGUACCAGUGAUAAGCGGACUUGGAUUGUGGGAGGCAAAGAUGCCAAUGCCAAUGAGAAAGAUUUUGUGGUUGCCAAGAACCUAGGUCUAAAGCGUACUUUUAGCACAAAUGGAGCAAUAGCCAAUGCCACUGGAGCUAAUGGAGGUACCAAUGGUACGAACGGAAACACCAAUGACUCGGGCAACGACCUUGCCGGAUUAAAUCUCAUGGAUCAAGGUCCGUCGGAGCCAAAAACUCUCAAAGCGCCAAACCUCGCAAGCGCGGCCCAUCUUUCACCAGAUUGGGAACUUGGAUAUAAUAAGCUGCUUCUGAAAGCGGAGGGUGUACUUUAUGAAGAUGGACAAAUCCAAAUUGGAGUGCGAUCUGAAUACCGUGGCCAGAUGGCAUGCGUCAUUUUAUACUUCUCCAACAAAGCCCCGUCCCCUGUCAGUUCGUUCACCACAACACUCGAUCUCGAGCCGAGCGAGAAGGAGAACUUAAAAUGGGAGAUAAAAGGUUUACCAGAAAGCACAAUUCAUCAAGGUGCACAAAGUCAACAAAUGAUAAUGUUUGAGUCGAAAAAGGUGUUUGAGAAAAGCCCAACGAUUAGGAUCAGUUAUUUGGCAGGGGCUCUCCAAGCUUUAACACUAAAGCUCCCAAUCACAAUACACAAAUUUAUGGACCCAGCAGAAUUAUCAGCAGACGAUUUCUUCAAACGUUGGAAGCAAAUUGGAGGAGCGCCACGUGAAGCUCAACGCAUAUUUGGCGUUAAGGGUGGCAAGGGCGGAAUUCGUGAAUUCACUGAUGGAUUUGUUCGAAGGACCAUAGAUGGCUUUAGAUGGGGUAUUCUGGAUGGGGUGGAUCCUAACAAGAAGAACUUCGUUGGUGCCAGUGUGCUGCAUACUGGCGAGGGAGGCAAAUUUGGAUGUUUGUUGAGAUUGGAGCCUAAUUAUGGGACUCAGGUUUGUACUCUUAUUCACCUUCAUGGGAUUUCAAUGCUAAUUAUGAUACGUAGAUGGUUCGUCUCACCAUUAGAGCAACUGAUGAAAGUGUUCCGCCAGUCUUAAUCAAGCUGAUGGAGGAAAGACUUGCUGUCGGUGUUUCCACGCAGCCGGAGAUGCAAUUGCCACCUACACGGAGAGAAAUAUCAGAUGCUUUUGGUAAUAUACUUGUUGAGUAAGCACGCGAAAUGAUCUACAACCAGAGUAAAGACUGAGGGGUAGGGGGGGGGAUCUGUGAGAGGGAAAUAAAGUAAUGCGA